UUAUUAUGUUCGUAUUGGUUACAGACAUCGUGUCUGGACUUAAAAAAUACGAAACGUUGAUAAUUUAGAAAUCUGUUGCAACCGCGGCUGCGAACACAAAGGACUAUUGUCACAUGGACGGUGGAUUAGAUCAUUUAGGCAACUGUCAGUUUCUAAGAUUCAAUACAUAAAAAUAGUCCUCUUAAUUUUUAAAUGUAAAUUAAUAAAGCAAUUUAUAUUUAGAUAUUAAGAAUAUUUGUGAUAAAAUAAUUCAGGUUUGUUCUGCAUAAUGGCUCACAGUUCUCAAACAUAUGGGUCCACAGAUCAACGGACAGAUGUACCUGAUGUAGGAUUUAGUCCUACUGAACUUUAUAGUCUCAGUGAAAAUAUUACCACUAACAUAUACACAAUAAACACAAGUUGGAGAACGCUUGAACGCGCAUAUAAAAAUGUUGGAACCAAUAAAGAUAAUCAGGGUCUAAGAGAUAAGGUGCAUGUCACACAGUUAAGCACAAAUCAAGUAGUGACUCAAACGAGCAAAGACAUUGCAAGACUGACAGUGCUAAUGAGGCGAGGUGACAAACAACAAAAGUUGCAAAUUGAGAAACUUACCACUGAUUUCAAAGAUGCUUUGCAAAGAUACUCAGAUAUGCAGAAGUCAAUUGCUGAAAAGAUGAAGAGACAUAUUUUGCUUACAAUUAAUAUAGAAAAUCCUAUGGAUCCCGAGGAAGAGGAACAACAACGUUUACUUCAAGCUCAGGAGGAUGAGCACAGAGUGACACAAAGGAAUCUUGAAUUUCAACAAGGCUUACUGUUAGAGAGAGAAGAUAGGAUAAAACGGAUCGAAGGUGAUAUUUUGGAUGUAAAUCAAAUAAUACGCGAAUUGGCAGCAUUGGUGCAUCAACAAGGAGAUUCAAUCAACACGAUAGAUAACCAUAUAGAAGAUAUCCACGCGAAUGUUGAGCUGGGAACUCAAGAGUUAAUCAAGGGAAGUAAUUACCAAAGUAAAUAUCGACGAAAAAUUUUUGUCCUACUGUUGCUCGCAAUCAUAGUCGUUGCUAUAUUAAUUAUUAUUCUAGUCACUAAAUUAAGUUAGCGCACCUAAUCGUCGUAGAUAUUGCGUACGAACGAAAAAGGUUGUCUCAAUCUAUCCUACUGAUUGUAGAAUUAUAAUGUCAUAAAAAAAUAUAAAUUGCCAGUUUGUAUCGGACAUGCAAUAUGGGGAGAGGAUAGACUUAUUUUAUAUUCAUUUGUAAAUUGAUUAACAUGUAAUUCGAGCGUAUUAUCCUUGUUUAUCUUCGAAUUUAUGAAACACAUUAUAAUGUUCUUACUGCAUGCUUACUUUUUAUUUUUCAUUUUAAAGCAAUUUGAAUUUAGUAACUCAGAUUGAACAUAACAAAGAUAUUAAACAUCUGCAUUACUUUUUAGAGCAGGCUUCUAUUAGUAACAGAAAUAAUCUUUGCAAUUAUAAAUUUUGUUGUAUUUGCAAGCUAUUAACUAACAGACACUUUGAUAAAUCAUUUUAAUUGUAUCAAAUGUUAUUUUUUCAAUAAAUUAUACAGCAUUAUAAAUAGAACAAGCCUCUAAGCUGAAUGUCAAUGUUAUAUUACAGCCUCAAAUUUUAUGGCAACGUAUACUGUUUGUUGAAAAUCUAUAUUAAAACUAUGUAUUCUAUUAAUUUAUUGAUAUAUAACAUCUAAACAUUUUGAUAUUUAUCAUUAUUAGACAAUUAUCUAAUAUAUAAUUGUCUAGUAAAAUUAUUCAUUAAUUUAUUUCAAUAAAUUUAUUAAAAAAUACACCAUUUAACAUUUUAUUGUAUUGAUAUUAGAAGAUUACCUAUGCAUAAAAUGAUCAUAAAGAGAUAUAAAUUUAUCUCAGAAAUAUGUGAAAUAAAUGUGGCACUAAAUUGAUUAAUAUUGAGAACUAUUAUAUCUUCAACAAUAUUCUUGUUUAAAUUUUUUUAUAAUUGUGCGCUAUAAGUAAUUUCUGUAAUCUGGUUUUCACUUGAAAAUGUAAUUUUCUAUUGCAUAUAUAUUUUAUUAUUCACAAUAUUUGUUGUUCAAUUAAUCCAGUGUAGUGAGAAGCGAUAAGCAGAAAUUAUACUUUGCAAAAUGAAUAUCUUUUCACUAAUUUGUUACUUGUAUGUUAUUAUUUCAAAACAAUUAAUUCGUUUUCUAUCACUAAAUAAUUAUACAUGUUUGUUAUAAAAAUAA